AUGGUUAAGAACAUCAUCUUUAAGCACAUUGACUUUGUCAAACCACAGAAAAUCCUCUUGAGACUCACUGCCUUGUCUUUCACACUUGCCUUGUGUCAGGGAUACUGCGUGUAUAGCCAGCAUGAAGCACAGAUUAAAGAUGGUAAACCGGUGCUGCCCACCGAGUGUACUGAUCUCUAUGAUGGGAGCAAGCAUCCAUUGGGCUCCAAGUGGAAUACAGCGCAGUGCAUGAAAUGCACAUGUGAUGAAAGUGGAAUGGAGUGCUGUGCCAGGUACGGUGGAGUUGCCGAAGUUGAGGGAUGUAAAGCAGUGGUAAAUCCAAACACAUGUGAAUAUGAAUUCUAUAAACUGGAUGAUCCCUCCAAACCCUGUUUCUGAGCUUUACAAAUCCCACCCAAAUUCCUUUCAUGUAAGAGAAUCUGAAUAAAUCAGUCAUAUGUGCA